CUUUCCUGAGCAAAAAUAUAAAAAGGAUCUCAAGGAUAGGAAAUUAAAAUAAUCAUAUAAUUGAAAGUUGAGAAAUAACGUUUGUAACCUAAAUUUGUUACUAUCAAUGGCAAAAACAUCCUCGUCUAAUGAAGUUAGGACACUAGUUUUAGUCGGACGUACUGGCAAUGGCAAGAGUGCAGUAGGAAAUAGUGUUCUUGGAAGGAGAGCCUUCAAAUCGAAGUCAAGCUCCUCUGGUGUAACACGUGUUUGUGAAUUGCAAAGAACUAUUAUAAAGGAUGGACCAAUUGUUAAUGUUAUUGACACCCCAGGACUAUUUGAUGGAACUCAUUCUGCAGGAAAGGAAAUAGUCAAAUGUAUUGAUAUGGCCAAGGAUGGAAUUCAUGCUAUUCUUAUGGUAUUCUCUGUUAAAACUCGUUUUUCUGAAGAAGAACAAGCUACAUUUCUUGCCUUGCAAGCAUUGUUUGGCCACAAAAUUGUUGACUAUAUGAUCGUGGUUUUCACCGGAGGAGAUGAGCUAGAAGAAAAUGAGGAGACACUUGAUGAUUAUUUAGGUCAUGAGUGUCCACAACCUCUUAAGGAUAUUAUGAUCCUAUGUGGCAAUCGUAAACUACUUUUUGAUAAUAAGACUAAGGAUAAAGAAAAGCAAUUAGGACAAGUUCAACAACUUCUUACUCUCGUCGACAUGGUUAUAUCACAAAAUGGUGGACUACCAUUUACAAACGAGUUAUUUAUAGAAUUAAAGGAGAAAGCAACAAUGCGGGAUAACCAACAAAAAGCACUUGACUCCUUAAAAGGAUAUUCAAAAGAAGAAAUGUUUGAGAUUAAAAUGCAAAUGCAACAAAAAUAUGACGACGAGCUAAAACGAAUGAUUAAUAUGGUUGAAUCAAAGUUGAAGGAAGAAACUGCAAAUCUUUUGAAAAAAUUGGAAGAAGAAAGAGUUGCUAGACUUAAGGCUGAGGAAAACUAUAGGUCAUUUCAAAAUGCAUCAAAUGAUGAAAUUCGAAGACUUAAAGAAGAUCUAGAAAAGGCAAAUAGAAGAAGAGAUCCUGGGCUUCCUUUUCCAUUUAACCUAUUGAUUCCUUUCCGGGGUAGGAGACCAAUUCCACCUCCUUGUCCCAUUCUUUGAUUUAUAGCACCUUCUUAAACAUUUCUAUUAUACUUGCAUGGUUGUAAUUAAGUGUAUGGAUUAUACUCGUCUAAAUGUUGUAAAUAUUUACUAAGGAUUGCAAUGUGUAACUAAACUGUGGUGUUUGUGUUUGCAUUGAACUUGUUAAUUUAUCAUCAUUUUUUAUCGUCA